AAAGCUUUUAAAGCAAAAAUAAUAUCGAAACCGUACAAAGGGAUACCGGGGGACACCGGUACUUUAACCGCUAAAAAGCCGGUUAUUUGCUUUAAAUACGGGCAAUUAAACUACAUUGCUGCAGCAUGCAAAAUACGAACGAACAACCCGGAAACCCCGUUGGCUUUAGCAACCAUACAAAAAGCAAAAAGGAAAAGGCCCGAAAUACGGUAUUACGGGUAUAAAAAGCUAAGCCAUAUCCGGCUAGCGUACCCCAAAAAAAGCAAAAUAUUGCUACCCAAUUUAACACCGUUAUUUAACCGUUUAAAUACCGGGGUUUAA